AUGAUAAUGCGCCUUUCCAAAGCCCUGAUAGACAUGGAGAUGGCAGAUUACAGUGCAGCUUUAGAUCCUGCAUAUACGACAUUGGAGUUUGAGAACAUGCAAGUCUUGGCAAUGGGCAGUGACACUUCCCCAUCUGAUGUUACAAAUCUUAAUGCUUCUAACAACAUUGGAGCCAGUGUGUUAUGUGCCAUUUGUGGAGAUCGUGCUACAGGGAAGCAUUACGGAGCAUCCAGUUGUGAUGGCUGCAAAGGGUUCUUCAGAAGAAGUGUCAGGAAGAACCAUAUGUAUUCUUGCAGGUUUAAUAGACAGUGUGUUGUAGACAAGGACAAAAGGAACCAGUGUCGAUAUUGUAGGCUAAAAAAAUGUUUCCGAGCAGGAAUGAAGAAAGAAGCUGUACAAAAUGAGCGCGAUCGAAUCAGCACUCGGCGGUCUAGCUAUGAAGACAGUAGCUUACCUUCCAUUAAUGUUUUAUUGCAAGCAGAAGUCCUUUCACAACAGAUAUCAUCACCAAUGUCAGGUAUUAGCGGAGAUAUCAGAGGGAAAAAGAUUGCAAAUAUUGCAGAUGUGUGUGAGUCCAUGAAGCAGCAGUUAUUAGUGCUUGUGGAAUGGGCCAAAUAUAUCCCAGCCUUCUGUGAGCUUCCCCUGGAUGAUCAAGUGGCUUUGCUACGGGCGCACGCAGGGGAACAUCUCUUAUUGGGGGCAGCCAAACGCUCGAUGGUGUUCAAAGACAUCCUUCUGCUAGGAAAUGACCACAUAAUCCCCCGAAACUGCCCAGAAUUGCUGGAAAUCAGCCGUGUAGCUGUGCGAAUUCUUGAUGAGCUGGUGUUAACAUUUCAAGAGCUGCAGAUUGAUGAUAAUGAAUAUGCUUGUCUGAAAGCCAUUAUUUUCUUUGAUCCAGAUGCAAAAGGCCUAAGUGACCCUAUCAAGAUCAAACGAAUGCGAUAUCAAGUCCAGGUCAGCCUGGAGGACUACAUCAAUGACCGGCAAUAUGACUCACGAGGACGCUUUGGGGAGCUGUUACUUCUCCUGCCCACCCUCCAGAGCAUUACGUGGCAGAUGAUUGAGCAAAUCCAAUUUGUUAAACUGUUUGGCAUGGCCAAAAUUGACAACCUGCUGCAAGAGAUGCUGCUUGGAGGGUCAUCAAGUGACACACCUCAUGCUCACCAUCAUCCUCUGCAUCCCCACCUUAUCCAGGAGAAUUUGGGAACAAAUGUCAUUGUGGCCAACACAAUGCCUCCUCAAAUCCAUAAUGGACAGUUGUCCACUCCUGAAACUCCCCAACCUUCCCCCCCAGCUGGGUCUGGAGCUGAACAAUACAAACUACUUCCGGGGGCCAUCGCAACUGUAGCCAAGCAGCCCAGUUCAAUCCCUCAGCCCACCAUCACAAAGCAAGAGGUCAUCUAG